AUGGGAUUCAAAGCUCUCUGUUUGGGGCUGCUUUGUGUUAGCUUUUUAUCUUACAUCUAUACACCCAUACCUGACAACAUUGAAGAAACCUGGAAAGUAAUGGCCUUGGAUGCAGUUGCUAAAACUUGUACACUUAUGGCCCUGUGUCUUGAAAAUAUAGGAGUUAUGAGAUAUGAAGAAUUUAUUUCCAUGAUAAUCAGUUUGGAUUAUAUACCACCACAUUCAGACGAACACAUCACAGUAACUGAUACGGCCUUUGUGGACAUCCCUGUGCGCUUGUACUUACCCAAGAGAAAGUCAGAAGCCCCAAGACGGGCUGUGAUCUAUUUUCAUGGUGGAGGAUUUUGUUUCGGAAGUUUCAAGCAGACGGCUUUUGAUUUCCUGAAUAGAUGGACUGCAAAUAAACUUGAUGCUGUUGUUGUAGGAAUGGAUUACAGGCUGGCUCCUCAACAUCACUUCCCUGCACAAUUUGAAGAUGGUGUCACAGCAGUCAAGUUUUUUCUUCAGGAUAGAAUUCUUAGAAAAUACGGAGUAGAUCCUACCCGGAUUGCUAUUUCAGGCGACAGUUCUGGGGGCACGCUGGCUGCAGCGGUCACACAACAGGUGCAGAUUGAUCCUGAAGUAAAGCAUAAACUCAAGCUGCAGGCCCUACUUUAUCCUGGUUUACAAGUAAUUGAUACUCACUUGCCCUCUCAUCGAGAAAAUGAACAUGGUAUAGUUCUGACGAGGGAUAUAGCCAUCAAACUCGUGAGUUUGUUUUUCACCAAGGAUGAGGCACUUCCGCGGGCAAUGCGCAAAAACCAGCACAUGCCGCUGGAGUCCAGACAUCUGUUCAGGUUUGUGAACUGGAGUGCUCUUCUUCCUGACAAGUAUAGAAAGGACCAUGUGUACACUGAGCCUGUGCUUGGAAGAUCGGGUUUCUCACUGCCAGGACUGAUGGAUCACAGAGCAUUGCCCUUGUUAGCCAAUGAUGCCCAGCUGCAGCAUUUGCCACGGACAUAUAUUCUUACCUGUCAAUAUGAUGUCCUGAGAGAUGAUGGAAUCAUGUAUGUUUCAAGACUUCAGAAUGUUGGAGUUCAGGUAGUUCACGACCAUGUGGAGGAUGGAAUCCAUGGAGCCUUAUCGUAUAUGACAUCUCCUCUUCACUUACAUCUAGGGCUGAGGAUAAAAGAUAUGUAUGUGAGUUGGCUGGAUAAGAAUUUAUAA